AUGAUCGUGGGAGAUAUCGAUUUCCACAGUCUUCAGCGGACGCAAUUUAUUCUCGGUCCUCUGUUCUUCGUCAUGUUUAUCUUCUUCUCUGUGUUCGUUCUGCUGAACAUGUUUCUGGCCAUUGUGAAUGAGUCGUACACAAAGGUGAAGGAGCGAAUGGCAAACAGGGGAACUCAACUAAAGUUGGAAGAUAUGCUCAAAAAGAGCACCAAAGAAAUGAUCAACCGAAUGAAAAGAAAGACAUCCAGGAAACCAUUGGUGCAGAUCCUGCGAAGCAUUGGAUCGUUUGGAAAAGAGGCGAUUUCUUUCGAAGAGCACGGAUACCGUGAUGCAGAAAUCACAGCUAGCUUCAUUAAAUACGACUUGGAUGGGGAUAAUAGUCUCAAUUUGGAAGAACAAGCGAAGUUGGAAGACGAAACAGCGACCGAAAUGAGAAUGCCGAUCGUGGAAAUAGAAGGGAAUGAAGGCUCUGAUGUCAAGGAAGGAGACCUGGUACAUGAUAUCUCACAGCAGGACGAACCUGAGUACGUCGACGUACAUAACUUCACGGAAUUGGAAGCGCGUGUCAGCGUGUUGCAGCAAUGUGUUGCCACGAUGCUGGCACAAAGUGACCAAAUUUUGGUUAUGUUGGAACAGGCAGAAGUGGCAAAAAGGGACAUCCGUCUUGAAACAGCAAAUGUAAUGCGAAAAACGAGCGGUGAGGAGCAGGACGCAGAGGAAGUGUGAACCAAAAAGACGGAAGCAAAUUUUUUUGGCGAAAGAAGCGGUUUUCACAACGUCUAUAGCUUAACUGUUUAAUGUAUGACACUAAUGUCCA